AUGCAGAAGCCUUUCAAUGGGUUUGCUAAACAAGCAACAACAAUGGUUAAAUCAGUCAACUUGCGACGUGCUGAAUUUUUUGUUGAGAUCCACAGAAAUAUGCUGUUAAAUAGUGUUCCUAGGAAAAGAAAGGUAAAGUUAACCCAGAAGAAUACCGGAUUAUCAAAAGGGAUAUACAUUAUUGAAAAGUUAGACUUGCAAGAAUUUGGUGACAUAUGGAACGGCCAGAAACCAGUACAAGCUUCAGCAGUGCCUAGCACAGCAUAUAGUCCAAAACCCCCACCAGUAGCCCCCAAAUCACCGAGGGUGAUAGCUAGAGUUCCAGAUCAGUUUGCCGAUAGCCAUUACACCAUGGUUCCUCCAGAAGAUGGGGAUAUACCACCUCGUCCACCACUGCCUCAUGAGACUGCCCCUGCCAGACCCCCACCUCCUGAUACAGAUGAUGAAGAAGAUUUCCCUGUCCCACAGGCUAAUCAACCCAUCAUUAUGGCAGCACAUGCCCUCCAUAUGGAGACAAAGCAGUGGUCAAGUAAAGAUAAUGAGAUAAUAGCUGCAGCCAAAAGAAUGGCUCUCCUUAUGGCCAAACUCAGUCAGUUGGUCAGAGGUGAAGGUGGUUCUAAGAAGGAUCUGAUAGCCACAGCUAAGAAUAUAGCUGAGUCAUCAACAGAGGUGGCCAAACUGGCACAGAAGUUAGCUGCUGAGUGUACUGAUAAAAGGAUGAGACUGAACUUAUUGCAAGUUUGUGAGAGAAUUCCUACAAUUGGUACCCAGCUAAAGAUUUUAUCAACAGUGAAGGCAACCAUGUUGGGAGCACAAGAACCUGUACCAGCCCCAGAUGGUGGUGAAAUAUCUUGCGGUUCUGAAGAGGAUCAAGAAGCCACUGAAAUGUUGGUUGGUAAUGCCCAAAAUCUGAUGCAAGCUGUGAAGGAAACAGUUCGUGCUGCUGAAGCUGCCUCCAUCAAGAUCCGUGUAGACUCUGGGUACCAGAUUCGUUGGCAUCGUAGAAGACCAUGGUACACCACCACUUCUUAAGAAAACCAAUGCUAGGAUUUUUAAAUUGAUAGACAAUACAAAUGAAGAUCAGAUAUAUUUACAAUCAUUUUUAUCGUAUUCUUAGAAGAACAAUUAAAGAUACUGUUUUAGAUAUGUUAACAGAAAAAAGAUGGGUUUUUUUUGUAAAGCAUUUUUGUUAUAUUUGUAGUAAUGAAAAAAUUUGAUAAAUGUAAUCAUGGAAUAAUACAUCUAAUUUGAUGUAAAAUUAGUGCUUUUUUUAGAUAUAGCAAAAUAUGCACACCUAGUGACUGCUGAUAUCUUUUCCACAUUUUUUAGAUGUGUAAAUGUUUUGCAUGGUACAUAUACUGUAUAUUUGUUCACACUUUUCAUUCAUUAUUUUAAUAUAACACAUGUAUGUGGGUUUAUUGUCAGCAUUAAUUUACAGCUAUCUGUUGGAAUUUCUUUAUGAAAUAUUAACUUUAACACCAAAUGUUCAUUUAAAUAUUGCUUAUUGAAUAACUACAAUAUGUUGAGUAACGUGACUAUGAGCCUGGUACCAUGUUUUAAUAUUGCUUAUUGUAUAACUGCAAUAUGUUGGGUAACGUGACUUUGAGUCUAGUAACAUGAGGCGAAAGUUUGUUUUCAAUCGUGUGAACAAAUAGGUUUUUACCAAAUUGAUCUACACCCUAAAGUUGUUUUCAGUUGUUGAACUAGAUUUCUGAAGAAAAAAUUUGAUAUAAUUAUCAUUCCUUUUUAUAAGACAAAGUACUUAAACUAUUUUUCAAAUAGUGCCUGUGAAGUAAAAACAAGAUAAGUGAAUUAAUUCUCUUGAUAGAGCAAUUUACCAUCGUUCAUAUUAAUUACCAAUUUGUUUUAAAUGUCAGUCCACCUGUGAAAUAGCUUCAUUUUGAUAUUUGAACACGCUUUAUUUUGGAAAGUUUGGUAUGUUUAUUUAAUAGUAUAUAGAGUUUUUAGUUCAUUUAAACAUGUGAAAAUAAAUGGUGCUAUGUAUAUAGAAUAUGCAAAUAAAUAUGUAGUUUUACAUAGAUUUCUAUCAAUAUCAAAUUUGAUGCAUUUUAUACAUUAAUGAGAAUGAAUGAUGAUACAUGUCUGUAAAAUGAUUAUGAUAAAAUCAGCCAUUUUGUGUAAAUUCUUACAGAAAUCUUUGUAUGUCAUGAAUUACUUUAAAUUUAAGUUACAAGUAUGGUAUUUGUUUUAAGGUGAUACAAAUCCUAACAGCUUUUGAAAAUUAAUGUCUAUUCUAUCUGAAAUGGCUAAUUUAUUAGAAAUACAUAAAAACUUUUCCUCUUCUUGAGGUUUGGAUAUUUAAAAAAAAGUCUUAAUCUGCAUUGAUAAUGUAAGGUUUGUUGGUAUGAGUUGUAUUACUGAGAUAAAGUGUACAUUUUUAGACAAAGCAUGUUGAGAUGUUAUUAUUUUUAGUUUUAUUUAAUAUAUUGCUUGUUUGGUUUUAUUAUUAAUUAGGAUUUGUUUUUGUUUUUGAUUAAAUAUAUCUUGAUAGGAUUUUUUUUACUAUAUAAAAGAUAUUAUGAACUUUCUUUUUUUGCUAAAUAAUUGAAGUAAUGAACUGUCAUGGUAUCAAGAAUAUGACUGCAGAAUAGAACAUUGUUUUUUUUUGGUGUUCAGAAAAUUCUUUUCUAAGCAAUAUCAAUUAAAAAACUUGAUUCCUGCAUAACUUUGUACUUUAUAAUUUGAAAAUAUCUAAAGUUCUCUUGUAGGUUUUAUUCAUAUAAUGUGUUGACCAUUAAACGACGAUUUAAAGAAAAGAUUUAAAAACUUAAUGGAAAUAAUAGUAGAUUGAAUAAAAGAUUGCAUUUUCAAAUAAAAUAGCGUGUGUGGCAGUAAUAAUAAAAAUAUGUUUCAAUUAUAAUGGGGAUACCCCCUGGAUGUGCCUUUUUUAAUUGUGUUUACCUCUUCUGAUCCAUUUGAUAUUAUUGCAGACUUGAGGAAAGAAAGAGUUUACAUUUAAGAAGUUUUUUUAUGUGUUGAUAAAGCUAGAAUAUAUACAUCAUAAUGAAGAAAAAUAUUCUCAUAUAGUCACUUGUUUGUUUGGGUAUUAAAAAUCUUUGAUAAAGAACGUAAUUCUCAGUUUAAAAAAAAGUGUUCAUUUGUAAAUUUAUGAGUUGUUUUAGAUAUAGUUUGACCUACUGUUUCACAAAAGCAAAUUUAGUGGCACAAUUUAAUUUUGAAAUACAUAUAGAGUGUUUUGGAAUAUAUUUAAAUAUCAUAUAUUAAGCAUAUGUAGAUGCUAUUACCACCUGAUGUUGUUUACCUUACCAAACCAAAAAGAAAUUCUCCUUUCAUGUUACAUUUGAUAUGUGUUAUCCUCCUUUCAAUAUUUUUUUUAAUUUGUUGGUUUUUUAAAGUUGAAAAAAACCCCACACAACUUAAUUUUGUCUAAAUUGUCAAUCAUAAAUUUUACACUAGCAACGACUUGCAAUACCAUAGAUAGUCUUUCAUAUUUACCCAGUUGUUAGUUUAUAUAUAGCUAUUGGCUUAUUUGUACAAGAUAUACAACUUUACAACCAAUAAACAUUUUAUAGAAAUAGAAUGCC